CAGACAGAAGAACCCAGGAAAAGGAGCAGAAAGACCUCCAGUGACAAAUCUGGCACCUCCUCAGUAACAAGAACCGACGCUACUAGAAGCAGAGGUGGCCAUAAAACACAUCUCAAAGAAGAAGAUCAUCAAGCGGACAUUCAUGGUGCUGGAAGGGGAAAUGAGGAUGGUCCCUUUGGAGGUGGCGCUGAUGCUAAAACUCCAACCAGCAGCAGAAGGAACCAGUACAGCAGUGGCCCUGCUGGACUGGUACGAUUUAGACCUGGAGCUGAUUCUUGUCCUAGAGAGACCAGUCCCCUGCAUGGACCUCAUCGACUACAUCAACUCAAGAGGUUAUCACCUGCCUGAGCAUGAAGCUAAAACCAUAGCAAAACAGCUGGUGGAUGCUCUCAUUGAAGUCCACUCCAGAGGGGUCUUCCACAGGGACAUCAAGCUGGACAACAUUCUCAUUGAGACCGGCUCGGAUGUCCCACGUGUCCGGCUCAUUGACUUUGACUUUGGCAGACUUGUCAGGGGAGACGUACAGUACACGGGACAGUUCCCCUUCAGUGGCAAGGAGGAAAUCAGCUUUGAAGACCCUGAUGUCAGUGGAUAUUUUUCCUCAGACAAAGCCGCCUUACGUUGCUGCCUCUCACUGACUAUGCGGGCUCACGCUGCCGCCUCCAUGCCGCAGCCCACGUCAGUUCCCGUUGCUUCCAGUGUGCCGCAGCUUACGCCGGUUCUUGCUGCAGCCUCAGGUUCCCAGCCCACAGCAGCAGAAGGAACCAGUACAGCGGUGGCCCUGCUGGACUGGUACGAUAUUUGCCUGACUCCGACGUCGAGCCACGGGACUCACGCCGUGAUCUGCAGUGCUUUUGUGUCGGACCUCAGGAUCCACACCUCCUCCACGUUAUUUAAUAAAUAA